UUGAAGUCCCACCGGAUGCUGCUCAGUAGGGCAAAGGUUUCCGUGUUCCGUCGUCUCUAAACCACAACAAACGAGCCUUUUGCCGAACUGGGACCAUUAAGGCUCCGCCCGGGCCAGCAUGAAUGAGACGGCAGGGCUGCGGUUCCGCCGGCAGCAGCGAGCCCAGAUUAUCACCGACGAACUCCCGGAGCACGUACACAAGGGCUCGGGCACAUACAGUGGGCGCGUUUUUCAAGUGACUUUAUUGUCGGUGGGCGGCUUCCUGUUGCUUCCUCUGCUGGUCGUCAUCCUCAUCCUGGAGUCUCCCAUCCAGCCUGAAGUCUUCACGCUGAAGGAGCCUCCGCUCAUGUCGGGCUGCUGGGAGGCCAACCUGAAGCUCCGACACGCUCAGAGACAAUUUGAGGACCUGAUCGUGGGACCCGAGUCCAUCGCCAACAUCGGAGAUGUUUUGUUUAGCGGAACAGCUGACGGGAGGAUCGUGAAGCUGAUUGGUCGAAGGAUCCACACGGUGACGAGACUGGGGAAACUUCCGUGUGGCUCCACAGAGGACGAGAUCACCUGUGGAAGACCGCUGGGGAUCCGAGUGGGACCCAACGGGACUUUGUUUGUAGCCGAUGCCUACUUGGGCGUGUUCGAGGUCAACCCCACUACAGGCGAGUCCACACAGCUGGUGGCAGGUGGGCAGGAGGUCGCCGGCAGGAAGUUGAUGUUCAUCAAUGACCUGGCGGUGACACAGGAUGGCAAGAAGGUGUACUUCACCUCCUCCAGUAGCAGGUGGCAGCGCAGAGAUUACUUGCAUCUCAUCAUGGAAGCCACGGCUGAUGGACGAGUAUUGGAGUAUGACACAGAGAGUAGAGAGCUGAGUGUCGUCAUGGAAAACCUUCGAUUCCCAAACGGUAUCCAACUGCUGCCUGACGAGGAGUCGGUCCUGGUAGCCGAGACCACAAUGGCCCGAAUACGCAGAAUCCAUGUGGCGGGUCUAAACAAAGGCGGUAUGGACACAUUCAUGGACAACCUACCUGGUUUCCCUGACAACAUCCGUCCCAGCUCCAGUGGCGGAUACUGGGUGGCCAUGUCUGCAGUGCGUCCAAACCCUGGCUUCUCGAUGUUGGACUUCUUGUCCCAGAGACCCUGGAUCAAGAAACUCCUCUUCAAGCUCUUCAGCCAGGAAGUGAUGAUGAAGUUUGUCCCGCGUUACAGCCUGGUGGCCGAGCUCCACGAUGGCGGACUCUGCUCUCGGAGCUUCCACGACCCAAGCGGGCAAGUGGCGGCUUACAUCAGUGAGGUCCAUGAGCAUGAUGGGAGUCUCUACCUGGGAUCCUUCCGAUCGCCCUACAUAGCAAAACUAGACCUUCGCGACAUCUAGCGUGUGAAUGAGUGAAAACGGUGCUUUGAAAGUUCUGGUCAUCGCAAUCUACAAAAAAUUUUAAACAUUUUCAUUUCUAUUUCUGAAACAUGAACCACAGACAGCUUUUCUUCCUUGCUUUGUUUUAUUGUUGCAUGAAGAAAAGAAAGUAAAACAAAUCCAAACAAA